GCCAGCUAGAUUUUGUGUGCAGUAAAGCCACACACCUCUACCCCCUCUCUUUAAUUCCCUUUUUCUCCUUCCCUCUUUUUACAUCCCCACUUAUCACUCGCUCGCUUCCUCAGCAUAUUCUACUGCGAACAUCCUGAAUACAACCAGCCUGUGCUUGCUUGCUUGCUUGCUUGCUUGCUUGUUUGUUUGUUUGUCUGGCCGCCUAUAAAUUCAUCUUGCCAACUCGCAAUUUCAGUAGCAAUGGCACCCGUGUUCCAGCUUGACGAGGACGACGACCCCACGCACGAGGCGGCGGUCUUUGUCAAAGUGCCCGAGCACUUUAUGCAGCAGUCGAGGUACCGCAGCGACGCGCUGGACACGCUGUUUGUUCUGACCGGCAUGCUAGGCAAUCAUGCGUUCUUUAUGCUGGCACUGCCGUUCCUACACGUCUUUGGCGGCGGGCAGUUCGCGCGCGGGCUGACGUUUGUCGUUCUGUGGUCGAUCUACUUCAGCGGCUGGGUCAAGGACUACGUCAGCGCGCCGCGGCCAACCAGCCCACCCAUUGCGCAGAUCACGCGCAGCCCGGCCCACACAUUCGAGUACGGCUUCCCAUCCUCACACACAACGUAUGUGGUUGCGACCAUCUUGUACAUCUCGCACUUUAUGAUGCACGUUUGGGGCUCGCCGCUGGGGUCUAUCGCGACCUUCUGGGCGGUGGGUGCCUUUAUUAUCGUUGGCCGCAUCUACUGCGGGCUGCACUCCUUCAUCGAUGUUGUCGGCGGCAUUGGCAUUGGUGUCGUCGAGGCAUUAGUCUUUGUCGCGUUCUACCCGCGCAUCGACGCGCUGCUGCUGUCGACGCCCGGCCCUCUUUACAUGGCGGCUGUCUUGUAUUUGGCGCUCAAAAAUAUCCCGCGGUCGCUCGAUCUGUGCCCAUGCUGCGUCGACUCCUUCUGCGCGACGUCAGUCACACUGGGCCUGGCUGUCGGCACCUGGGUCCAUGCGCGCACCCCAUUCCUGUGGCGCAAUGGAGUAGUCGACAGCAUUGCUUGGGACAGCUCGCUCACGCCUGCCCAGAACACGCUGCGCUGCGCCAUAGUCCUGGUCUUAGUGGUCGCGUGGAAGCUGACAUCAAAGGCGCCAAUGGUCGCCCUAGUCCAGGGCCUCUCGCUCUGCCCUGCACCAUGCUGUGAUGGCGUGGAUGGCAGCAAGCUGGAUAUUGGUGCGGAAAGCAACCCUGAAUGCAUGGAUACUCUGCUGGACAGCAUUUCGGUCAAGCCGAGUCUGUCAGAAGAAAACGCCAUGUAUAUCAAGAACUACCCAGUGCCAUCACCCAGCAGUAUUGCAGCCGGACACUAUGGCACUCACAAGCUAAUGGUCACGCCAGAGAACUUUGCACGUGUGCCCAUCUAUGCUGGGCUUGGAAUCGUUAUUUAUGUCGCUGCGCCCAUGCUUUUCUACUUGCUUGGCCUCAUGCCAGCCUAGUGUAUGUGUUGGGUACACAUUUCCUUUGUAGCCCAAUGCCCAUCAGUUGCCCUUUUAUUUGUGAGUACUAAGGCUCACAGUUAUAAAAAGGGCAAAACAACAGCAUUUAUUAGUUCCUCCUCUUUUCUU